ACCUCAGCGCGGAGUCCUGGAAGACCUGCACCUCCUCUUUAAAGAGUCAUGUCAGCAUGCUCUUUCGUUAAUGGAUUUAAGGCGACUUAUUCGUUAUAUUUAUUCACUUCUCAACUGGCAGAAAAUAUGUUCACAGACGUUGUAAUUUUGUGUUUCAUUUCAUUCGCCGCCUUGCACGCCGGUUCGUCCUUGGAAUUACGCCCCGGCAUGACUAAUGUGUGCGCUGACCGGGAGAUGUCUUUUUUGGGGGCCCCUCAGCCUUGUGUCCAGGCCUUUACACGCAUGGUGAAGGUGUGGAGGCAGGGCUGCGCCGGCCCCAGGUGGUGCAUGGGUCACGAAAGGAGGACCACAUACUACACAACGUACAGACAAGUGUACAGGACAGACGUCCGUACGGUUUUUAAGUGUUGCUCUGGCUGGACUCAAAGGGAUGGAGAACCAGGCUGUCUGCAUAGGGUAUGCAGUGCGAAUAUGUGUUUUAAUGGAGGUCGAUGUGCAGAGAGUGGAGAUAACGUCUGCCAUUGUCCGAAAGGCUUCCAAGGGGAAAGAUGCCAGUAUGAUGUGAAUGAAUGCGACGUGGACAAGGGAGGCUGUGAAGGAUACUGUUGCAAUACUAUUGGCAGCUACUACUGCAAGUGUCCUGAGGGCAGUAAGUUGGGCCCAGAUGGCAAAGCAUGUCAAGACGUAAACGAGUGUGCAGAUUUGAACGGAGGAUGCCAGCAGAUGUGUGUCAACACACCAGGUUCUUAUCACUGUGAGUGCGGCGAAGGAUUCCGCAUGCAUACUGAUGCUCGAACAUGCAUUGCUGUACACUCUUGCUCGGUGCUGAAUGGCGGCUGUGAACAUAAGUGUUUGGACAUGGGGAACAAUCACUACAAAUGUGAGUGUCGAAAAGACUACAAGCUAAAGACAGAUGGGAGACACUGUGAAUUGAGGGACGCCUGUGAGGAGAGGAAUGGCGGCUGUGCCCAGCUUUGUCUUUCUGUGGACGGCCAUGUUCGGUGCAGCUGUCGGCCUGGUUUUACUCUGGUUGAAGAUGGCAAGAACUGUGAAGACAUUGACGAGUGCAGUUCAGGUCGUGACAGGUGCUCCCAUGGAUGUGUCAACACGCCGGGCUCCUUCCGAUGUGUGUGUCAUCCGGGCUUUGAGCUUGGCGCAGACGGAAAACAGUGCUACCGGAUUGAAAUGGAGAUUGUUAACAGCUGUGAGAAAAAUAAUGGUGGUUGCUCUCAUCAGUGUGAGCACACAACCAACGGGCCGCUCUGCUCGUGCAAUCAGGGCUACCAGCUGGACCAGGACAGGAAGACCUGUGUAGACAGUGAUGAGUGCGUCAACGGGGAAUCCUGCUGCAGCCACUUCUGCAGAAACUAUCCAGGCGGCUACGAAUGCAGCUGUAGAGCCGGCCACACACCAAACCCAGAUGGCUGCGGUUGCGACGACAUCGACGAGUGUCUGGCGGAGACUGCAGGCUGUGACCAUGAGUGCAUUAAUACUCUGGGAACGUACGAGUGUUUCUGUCGACAGGGUUUCAGCUUGGCUCAGGAUCAGCACACCUGCAUCUCUUUGUAUGGCAGAGAAUUGGACGAAGACGAGGAAGAGGAGGAGGAAGACGAAGAGCAGCUGGAGGUCUACAGGUUACCAGAGCUGCUCUUUCGCAAAGUUCCGCAGCUUCUCCACUACACCGCCGCAUUGCAUUCCCGCUACGGCAGCGAUAAUGAUGAUGCAGGUGACCCCGACGAAGAGUUGGAUGAACGACUGGAAGAAUUUCGAUUGGACAGCCAAAUCGUGUGCUUGGAUAAUUCUUUUGGGGAGGACUGCAGUUGGAAAUGUGAAGACUGCGUCAAUGGAGCCUGUGGCGAAAAUAAAGAUGGCUGUGAAUGUUCACCUGGAUGGGUUGGCGUCAUCUGCAAUGAGACUUGUCCACAGGGGACUUAUGGACACGCCUGUAACAACGUGUGCCAAUGUAAGAACGGAGGUACAUGCGACCCGGGGACUGGGGAGUGUUCGUGCCCCCCCGGGGUGAAAGGUCUACUCUGCGAGGAUGGUUGUCCGAAGGGUUAUUUCGGAAGUCUAUGCAUGAGAAAGUGCAACUGUCCCAACAGUGGCCGCUGUCACCGUCUGCACGGAGCUUGUUUGUGUCCCCCCGGGCUGUACGGUCGACGCUGCCAUUUGCCUUGCCCCAAGUGGACACACGGCGCUAGCUGUUCGAAGGAAUGUGACUGCGUUGGACAACAUUCCACUGGCUGUGACCCCAAGUCGGGGAGCUGUAUCUGUAAGCCUGCAUACCAAGGCCAACAAUGUGAGAAAGAAUGUGAGCCUGGCUUUUUUGGCGCUGGCUGCGAGCGGCCAUGUGACUGCCCAGGUGGAGGGUCAUGUGACCCCGGGACUGGCGAAUGCAGCCUGAGAUGUCCCGCAGGCCUUCAUGGAGAGAGAUGUCAACUGGUGUGUGGAUCUGAUUCCUGGGGUCCAGGAUGCAACAAUAGCUGCCGGUGCCAAGACAAUUCUUUGGGCUGUGACCCUGUGACCGGGCAAUGCCUGUGUGAGGCUGGCUACACUGGAGACAAAUGUGAAGAAAAGUGCCAGGUGGGACUGCAUGGAGACAACUGCACUGGUAUCUGCAACUGCAUGAAUGGAGGGAUGUGUGCGGGAGAGACAGGAAGGUGUAUCUGUCUACCUGGCUGGACAGGACUGCUCUGCCAAACAAGAUGUCGCACCGGAACUUACGGACGAAACUGCAAGUCUCGCUGCAGCUGUCUUAAUGGUGGCCGCUGUGACUUCAGGACAGGAGCUUGCCAAUGUCCUCCAGGCUUCAUCGGAGCAGACUGCAGCUCACGCUGCCCGAGUGGGUACUAUGGCAAAGACUGUGCUAAAAUGUGCUCCUGUGGGGAAGAUCGACAGUGCCACCCAAUUCACGGAAGUUGUAUUUGUGCAGCUGGUCGGAUGGGAGAGUCUUGUCAAGUGUGUCCCAAGGGACUUUACGGCUUGCAAUGCCGCAACGUAUGCAGAUGUCAAAAUGCAGGUCUGUGUGAUCCUAUUGACGGAACAUGCAAAUGUGGCCUUGGCUGGACUGGACCAUAUUGUGACACAGCUUGUUUGCAGGGAAAAUAUGGGGUAAAUUGUUCUCAAGACUGUCCUUGCAUCAAUGGUGGGACCUGUGAUCGCUUUAUUGGCACCUGCAGCUGUACCGCUGGUUAUUACGGCCACUCCUGUCAACACGGAUGCCCACUUGGAUUUUUUGGCGUAAACUGUGCUCUGACUUGUGACUGUGAGGUGGGGCAGAGCUGUGAAGCAGUGACAGGACAAUGUGUAUGUCCCCCAGGAUACUAUGGGUUUCAGUGCCAAAGACGGUGCGAAGCUGGAAAGUUUGGAUAUCAGUGUGAAAGGUCAUGUGACUGUGCAGAUGACGCCCCAUGUGACCCAUCAACUGGACAUUGCCUCUGUUCCCCAGGAAGGACUGGACAGAGAUGUGAAAAAAAUUGUGGUGGCGACCGAUUCGGCCCAGACUGCUCUUUGCCUUGCCAGUGUUCUAACAGGGCCCCAUGUGAUGGGAUGACUGGGCGCUGUCAAUGCCCACUCACCUGGCUGGGUCCCACUUGUGCUGAAGCACGGCUUCGCCAAACACCAGGACAGCUGAACUUUUCUGCGUCCCAGAGAAAGAGAAGAGCGGGCAGUAAAACCGCAUAAACCCCACGAUAAAACACCCGACUUGGCUCUUGGAAGCUUUGCAAAGAUCGUGUUGGUGAAAGUGAUCUAGUAUUUCUAUGCAUUGUGGAACUCUUCUGUCAGAAAACAGUGCUUCAUCACUGAGCCUGGAGCUUAAAUAUUCAAACAAUUGUUUUGACAUGCGAGCCAGACUCAAAGAACCAUGAAGUGUACUGUAAAGGAUACUGUAUGUUUAUUGAGAUAAGCCAUAAUAUUGAUAACAUGACUGCAUUAUGUUUUUUUUCGUCCAAUCAAAAGUGAUAGGUUCCAGCUCAACACCGCAAUUAAUUAUUUAUUUCUGUAUUAGUAUCCUACCAAAUUGACAUUUUGUGUACAAUUUGAAGGGAAGAACACAUUUAAAAAAAAACAUCCAU